UUCCUCCCAACCGCAAAAGGCCGCAACCUCACUCACACCCAACCUAUUAAAUACAUAUUCAUACCAUUGACUCUUCCCAUCUCUUUUCCAACUACUUCUCCAUACAUCCGACCUUCAACUCCUUACUUCUCCCUCCACCACCGCCGUUCCUCCAUGUAAACGCUCCAAGCAUUUAACAAACAUCCAAUGGGUUGUUGCGUUAGCACUACAGCACCUCCGAAACCACCCCGCGUCUCCGACUCCAAGGCCACUGCGAAACACAGUGGCAUUAGCAGCAAAUCUCCACCGCCGACGAACCCGGUCUUAGAAGAAGAAACGGUCAAAGAGGUACUCUCCGAAACCCCCGCGAUUCCUAACCACCCGUCGCCUGUCAUCCCCAAAUUCCAGGAGAAUCGCCAGCAUGAGAGCCCUUUCAUCAAAGCUGCACCUCUAUUACCCGACUUCUCCAGAAAUGCACAUGACAAGAAGCACCCAAACGGCGGGGCCUGCAAGAAGCCAUUCAUGGCAUUCAGCAACGAGGAUCUCUCCGAGGAGGUCUCCGAGAUCUGCAGUACUCACAGCGAGAGUGUCAGCAUUUCCACGACGAUAACAGAAAAGAGAGAGAACGACGAAUUACGUGAACUCCGGCAGAGGUCUCCUGCGAGGUAUAGGAACAGGUCAAUUUCCGGUGAGGUAAAGAAAGACAAGACCGUGGGCAGAUCUCCUGGCCGGAAAUCCGAACCCUCUCCUAGUCGUGUUAGACCCGGAAUCGGAUCCGGGUACGGUAGGAGAAGGGACAGCGGGGAGAGCUCCGGUAGAAGGUCAAGGUCCCCAGUGACGCGUACGGAGUCGGGGGCAUCAAGAACUGGUCUAACCCGGAGUCAGUCGGGGAGGAAAACGGGUAAAUCCCCCGGGCGGGUUGGAUCCGGAUUGGGAGAGAGGACCCGGAAGGCGGACGAAGGGAAAGGGGGGAGAGUACCUGGAUUUGAGUUGGGUUACAUGUUUGAGUUUGCUUUUGAAAUGGGGUUCUCCGUAUAA